UAAUCAAGAAAGAAAUAAAACGAGCCAGAACUUUCAAGGAAGUGUCAUCAGAUCCACCACCAGUUAUUUUUUUAUCUGGAGACAACUGGAGCCAACUGGUGACAGAAAUUCAGCAUACUUUAAUGGGACAAG